GAACGUCUAGGCCAUGUGCGUCUUGCUUUGGUUUUCCGUCUGUUUGGUAAUUAUAUAGGUAAAACUGUCCCAAAAUAGCAUUCUGUUGUUGACAUUUGACCGUACGCAAACUAUCUAACAAUCUAUAAGGAUUAACAAAUAACAAAACUUCAAUAAUGAAAUGACAAAACUUAUGGAACUUUAUCGGCCGCCAUCUUGAAACCAAAAAAUCCAGCCUCAGAGCAGGAUUCGCGGUUUCUCGAAUCUGGUUCCGGUUUUGCAGAAACAAACGACACGGUUUACGAAUCCGGUUUCGGUUUGCUUGUAAUCAAACGCGCUCUAAACCAGACUAGACCGGAAGUUUCGCCAUUUGGCGCGGGGUUUCGCAUUUUCGUGUCCAAAAUCAAAAUGAAAAGACACCCAGCCCUUCAAGUGGAGACUCGCUUCCCACCUUGCAAAAUACAGUGCACACACCGGAGAAGUGCUUUCACCUGUGCUUGGGCUAACAUGGAACCUGACCACAUCUCAUCAGCAGAGGGGGCUAAUGUUACAUCUUAUGACAUUGACCAAACGAGUUGGAUUCUGCCUUUGGGUGACCCGCUUUCCAAGCCAGAUAUACCGGUGGACGACACUAUUAGAGAAAAGGUCAGAACAGCCUUGAAGCCACUGGAUUCUUUGGCUUUCAAUGACCAGGAGGAAUCAUAUUACUUCAGCGACGAUCUUACUCUAGACGUGCAGGAGCAAGAAAUUUCAUUGGGGUUUGUAGGCAACUUUGGAGAUUCUGUAGGCAGAACUGCGAUGUAUAAUCUGCUCCACAAGGUAUUCGGCUCAAGCAGCAUUAGGGCGGUGAAUAUUGGUGGCAGAAGUAAGAUGAAGAUGCCAUCACAUCGGGCAUUCACCUAUGAAGUGACAAACGUUACUGCCUCAAGUGAAUCUUCGCCUUUGAAACCUGAAGAGCCCACAAGAAAAUCCCCAAGAGUAAAAACAGGUCUUUUUGCAUCUGCAUUUGAGAAGAGAACCUUUGACAAGGAUUUCACACCAGACGUUGUAUUAGAUUAUUACAAUACGGAAAUGUUGUGUGUUGAAGUCAAGUUCCAAUUUGAUAUAAGAUCUGUACCUCAACUCCAGUAUCUCUUGAUGCCAGUAGCAAUGAAACAAGGUGUGGCUUUGGGGCUCUUGAUCUGUACAAAAAGUGUGUUAUUGAUGAAAUGUUACACUACAACUGCUAAAAAAAAAAACUUUGAAAUUUGAGUCAGCAAUGUUCAAACUUCAAACUGGGUCUCUUGCGGCAGAUAUGGAAGAUGUCGUUUUAAACAUCUAUUGUCAUUUGCGGACAAAUUAUCCUAAUAUCAUAAUAAAUUAACAGUCUAGUACACUAUGACCAGCAUCAGUUGUAUAAUAAACGGCCUUGACCUUGAAUAUUUUUA